AUGGAGCAAAUCGACCCUGCGACCGGCGCUCCCCUCCCCGCCGAUGCGAUCCAGCGCAUUCUCUUCAUUGCCUCGGGUGCCCAUGUCUACAACAUCCCGCCCAUGACCUCGAACAAGGGCUACACCGCCGCCGGCUGGACCGAACGCCAAAUCUUCACCGCCCGCCUUCGCGUCCUCGAGACCGCCUGGGAGACCACCGCCGCCGCCACACCGACCCCCGUCGGCGUCGGCAGCGCAGUGAUUCCCGUCGCACCGGGCGCCCCCGCCGGCAUCACGAACAAGGAGAACCAUAUCAAGGUCGACAUCGUUCUCGAGGACCCCUCCAACGGUCAGCUCUUCGCCGCCGCCCCCUACACCUCCAUCUCCGUCGUCGAGCCCGUCCUCGACUCGUCGCGCUUCUUCGCCGUGCGUGUCAUGGACGGUCAGGGCCGCAAGGCCGUGCUGGGCGUCGGCUUCGAGGAGCGCAGCGAGGCUUUUGACUUUGGCGUCGCCCUGCAGGAGGCGCAGAAGAGCUUGGGCCUGCUGGACGCGAGCCACGCCAAGCAGGCGGCGGAGAACAGCAAGCGCGCCGAGGAGGAGAAGAACAAGGACUACAGCCUGAAGGAGGGCGAGACUAUCACCAUCAACUUUGGCGGCUCCAAGAUCGGUCGCCGGUCGAGGCCCGAGACCAACGCCAACGGCGCCGCGGCAGCGUCGGGCGCGGGCCUACAGGCCUUCUCGCUGCCGCCGCCCCCGAGCGCGCCCAAGGGUGGCAACAGCUUCCUGCCGCCGCCGCCGACUGCCUCCAAUGUUCGCGAGCAGAAGCGGGAGAAGAGGAGAUCGGCGCAGGACCUGGGGUUUGAUGAUGGUCAGUUUGGCGAGUUCGCGUAG